AUGCCUCGUGCAGCACCCGGGACUCCGAAAGCAAUCGCAAAUGCCAUGAAGGCGAAGGGGCUUCAGCGGCUCCGCUGGUACUGUCAAGUGUGCCAGAAACAAUGCCGAGAUGCGAACGGGUUCAAGUGCCAUCUUUCCACUGAAUCACACUUGCGCCAGAUGCUUGUCGUUGGCGAGAACGCUGGGAAACACAUUGCCGAUUUUUCCGCGGAAUUCCAGCACGCAUUCGUCCAGUUGCUCUCAACACGAUUCGGCACGAACAGAGUGAAGGCUAAUCGUGUGUACCAAGAGUACAUUCAGGAUCGCCACCACCUCCACAUGAACUCAACAAGAUGGGUCUCUCUCACGGAGUUCGCGAAACAUCUUGGACGCACUGGUGUUGCUCGUGUGGAUGAAACCGAUGAAGGCUGGUUCAUAGCAUGGAUUGACAAUAGUCCAAAGGCACUGGCGAAAGCGGAAGCGAAUAUGAAGAAGGAACGUCAAACGACUUCUGAUGAGCAGCGUGAACGAAUGCUCAUUGCAGAGCAGAUCGCCCGUGCUAAAGCAGAGGUCGAAGCUGGAGGGCCUGACCCCGCCUCGGAUCCUGAUGGUCAAAUUGGCCUUCAACGUGAGGAGGGUGGAGCUCCACUCAAACUCAGUUUUGGCCCCAAGAAAGUUGGCUCCUCUCCGUCUCCAGAAGCCACGCCUAGUUGGGAACCACCAUCGAGCGGUUCGCCCCCUAGCGAUGGCCCUUCCUCAGGCGUUACUGUCCCAACUGCACCCACAUCCGACAUUGCUGCUUCAUCUUCCCCCACUCCCUCUGUUACCCCCGUUGUCCAAGCCCCACUGAAGAUGAACGUUUUCAAAACCAAACCCGCCACUGCGUCUCUCAAGCCAACAGCUCCACUCAGAAUGAACGUGUUCAAGAUGGCAGCCAAACAGCAGCCGUCUUCGUCUACGCCUGCUUCGAGUAGCACACCAUUGGGCGGUGAGAUGACGGCGGGUGGGGUGAAGCGGGGGAGAGAUGAUCAGCCCAUGUCAACUACGCAGAGAUUGAUUUUGGAGGAUCAGGAGAGAAAGAAGAGAAGGAUGAAUGCUGCUGUUGUUUGA